CAAAUGCUGUUUAGUAGCCUUCAUUAUUUGCAUAAAAAGGCUGGUAUGGUACAGGUAUCUCCGGGGAUUCCCGUGACGCAGCAGAACGAAGGGGCCGACAGCAUCGACAAUUUUACAGCGCGUACACAGGAGAUAGCCAACGAUAUAUGCCGACAGUCUAAAAAGAUAGACACGCUCGUUGAGUCGCUUCCGGGCGUGUCAGUCACCGAGAGCGAGCAGGAACGCGAAUUUAUCGAGUUGAGCAAGGAAAACGACGAGGCCACGCGUGAGCUCGAAGAGGCAAACAAAAGAGCUCGUGCACUGCUCGACAGCAUCUCUGAUACUCUGCGAACUAUUGCUGACAAUUCUGGCAACAAAUAA